AAAACCAAAUUUUAGUUUUCUAUUUCAAGAAACAUUCAGUUACAGAAACUUCUGAGUUUGAAGAUUUCCAUUCCGUGAAUCUUUGAAAAGUUCCUAUGUCAAGAAAAUCAGUGUUCAAAGAACCCCCCAAAGCCUCUGGGAUCGUUCCGUUAUUUUUCUCAUAUCGAUGACGGAGGAGACGAAUGGACUCCGGCGACCACCGCUGUCGUCUUCGGCGGAACCAACCCCGGCCGAGUACACAGGAAAAAGAGGGCCACCAUUUCUCGAAUUCAUUGCAAUCAUGAUGUGGCUUGGCACUCUUCAUUUUCUCGCUUUUCUCGUCGUGGCUUCCUUCGUAUUGCUUCCUCUUUCCAAUUUCCUCAUGGUAAUUGCAAUGCUUCUGGUGCUUACAUUCAUCCCCAUUAACGACAACUGUAAAUGGGGCUUAGCCUUAGCCAGGUUCAUAUUCAAGCAUGUUGGUGGUUAUUUUCCCGCCACUAUAUACGUCGAGGAUAUCAAAGCUUUCGAUCCUGAUAGGGCUUAUGUUUUUGGGUUUGAGCCACAUUCAGUUUGGCCUAUGGGAGCUGGAAUACUAGCAAACCUUACUUCUUUCAUGCCUAUUAAAAAAGUCAAGAUCCUUGCAAGUAGUGCUGUGUUUCGUACCCCUUUGAUAAGACAUUUAUGGACAUGGCUGAAAGUGUCAUCAGUAACAAAGAAAAACUUCAUCUCUCUUUUAAAAAAUGGGUGUAGCUGCAUAGUGAUCCCAGGUGGAGUACAAGAGACGUUUUUUAUGAAACAUGAUUAUGAGGUUGCGUUUCUAAAAACAAGGAAAGGAUUCAUACGCCUUGCAAUGGAAAACGAUGCUCCUGUGGUUCCUGUUUUUGCCUUUGGCCAGUCGUAUGUUUACAAGUGGGCAAAGCCACAAGGGAAAUUCUUCUUAAAACUCUCUCGAGCCAUUAAGUUCACGCCUAUGAUCUUCUGGGGGGCAUUCUGGUCUUUUGUACCCUUUCGGAGACCAAUGCUUAUGGUGAUUGGAAAACCAAUCCAUUUCAAGAAAAAUACUACACCCUCCAUGGAAGAGGUUUCGGUCGUACAUGGUCAGUUUUUGGAAGCACUUCAAAGUCUAUUCGAUAGGCAUAAAGAACGAGCUGGUUAUCCUAAUCUUGAGCUACAAAUAAUAUGAUCUAAUAAUGCAUCAUCAUCAAAAAAGAAAAAAAAAUUAUUAGUCAGAAAUUAUUUGAUUAUUCUAAAGAGUAAAAGACAUUCAAUAUUUUUAUUUAUUUGUGUUAUUGUUACCUUGAGUAAGUAACUUUAAGUAGCAUGGGUUUGGUUUGUAAUUUGUAAAUAAUAAUUUAGUUUAUUGGAGAAAGUGAUGCAAUUUUGUUAUUUUUUAUUUGUUAUUUAGACUUACAAUGUCCAAAAUUCCAAAUGGGCUUGAAUGUAUUUGAUUAAAAAAAGAAGGGCCCUAUUUGCAUUUACUUGUGUGGACUUAAAUGCUAUGGAUCUGGUCGCAAGAGGGGUCGAACGUGCUUUUAAUGUAAGUGGAGGGUUCAAUAUGUAAAUAUCUUUGCAAAGUUUUUGUGCAAGAUCACCACUCGCCACGCGUCUAUUAGCGGCGGGAAGGAGCCAGGAAUAAAUGCACUUGACCAGUUGUUCACUGCCAUUACUCUUGAUUUGAGAUAACAAAUUUAACACACAAGAGAAAAUAAUUUCGUUCGAUUGAUUUUGGGGGUUUCAAGGUCUUGGAAGCUCGAUUUCGACAGGUAAUUCUUUAAUUCAAUUGUUAUGAUUGUAGGGUUUGAAUGUGGCCGGAGAAAGGGUAGUUUGGUCAUAAAAAUCUGUUUUUCCGGUGGUUGUCUCACCACAUUCUACCACCCCUCCGCCUCCAGUGAGCCCUAAUUAUGGCUCUACAUGGCGAUGGUGGCCAUUGUCGGCCAACGAUUGGUGGAGGUGGAUGUGCUCUCUUAUAUGGUUGCAACCGGGUUUUGGGUCUUCCGACCUAAAAUUAUAUUAUUUCUGAAUCUCUCUAAAAUUAUAGGAUAAGAUUUUUGAAAAGUGUUAUGUUAACAUACAUGUGGCUUGGAUUAGGUUCAAAAUUCAUAUAAGUUUUUAUUUAUUUAUUGACAUGUGUCCAAAAAAUAAAAUUGAUAAUGUAGCUUUUUAAGGAGUGUUUGGGAUUGUGGUUGUAAGGAGCUCCAACUUGUUUAAAUAAAAUGAAAAGACCUUAUUGACUUCAAUUAUAAGGAAUUCUAACUUAUUUAAAAACAA